ACACGGAGUAGAUGGCGUAGCGAGCGCACGUCUUGCGUUUCCUUCCUGCUGUCGGUCCUUUUGUGACAUUUUGCGAAACGUCCAUCGUGUUUCGCAGUGAAAUUUAUUAAAUAAAAUCGCAUAAAGGGCAUGGUCGAUAAAGUUUUUCACACGAAAAACCGUAAAACAAAAUCCGUAAUCGUGGUUAAGUUUUUACGUGCCAAGUGCAACUAAACAAUCAAGAUUCCGCCGAUAAUUCAAAGCCUACCCAGAGGGUGGCUUAUCUUGGGUGUACCGGGUGAGGCCGGCGCGUGUGCGAGUGCCGGGCGAGGAGUUCCUCCACGUUCGCGCUGUUGGCGCCGCGCACUCAACGUCGACCCGCCCUGGCUGCGGCACGCGCCCGCCCGCUGACACACCACGCCCGCCAUCUGACACUUGUGGACUAGCGCUAGUGGACCCCCACCACCGGGCCCCGCCACUUGACACCGCCCCCCAUUCUCCGAACAGCUGACCGCCUGCGUCUUCGCAGCAUAGCCGACAGCCGCAGCUCCGGCGCCGCCGGGGCUGACCCGUCGGGAGUCUAAGGGGCAUUGCUACUGACCCAUCUAGUGACACAGUCCAGAAUGAUCGUGGAGGAGGAACGCAUCAGGGUGUUGGAAGGAGAUUGGACCCCGCUGAGUGUGGCGCGAGAGAUCGCGGCGGACGGGGUGCAGGAGGACCCCUUCUAUGUUAUGGAUGUGGGCGAAGUGGUCGCGCGAUACCAUCAGUGGCGAGAGCUGAUGCCGCGCGUCGAGCCGUUCUACGCGGUGAAGUGCAACGACGACAAGCUGCUGGUGACAACCCUGGCAGCGCUGGGCACCGGCUUCGACUGCGCUUCCAAGGCCGAAAUCGAGCUCGUCACCUCCAUCGGCGUGCGUCCCGAGCGCAUAAUCUUCGCGAACCCAGCCAAGAUGGCGUCGCACAUCAAGUACGCGGCUCGCAUGGGCGUCGACGUCAUGACUUUCGACUCCGAGACCGAGCUCAUGAAGAUCAAGCAGCUCAUGCCGCACGCGCAGCUGGUGAUCCGCAUCCGUUGCGACGCGGCGUCGGCGCAGUGCCCGCUCGGCAUCAAGUUCGGCUGCGACCCCGUCACCGAGGCGCCGCGCCUGCUUAAAGUCGCUGCCGUGCUUGGCUUGGAGGUGAUCGGCGUGUCGUUCCACGUCGGAUCCGGGGCUUCGGAGACAGCUGUGUACUUGCGCGCCAUCCAGUACAGUCGCGCGCUGUUCACGCUGGCCGCUAGCGUGGGCCACUCGCGCAUGUCGCUGUUGGACAUCGGGGGCGGAUUCCCUGGAGGCCUGCACACUUCCAUCCAGGAGGUGGCGGUGGUGAUCAACUCUGCGCUGGAGACGUAUUUCGGCGGCUCCAACGUGCGCGUGAUCGCGGAGCCGGGCCGCUACUUCGCCGCCGCCGCAUACACGCUCGCCGCGCUCGUGCACGCCAAGAGAGAGCUGCCAGCGAAGGAGGAGUCGGAGCCGCAUACGAUGUACUUCAUCAACGACGGCGUGUACGGCUCCUUCAACUGCGUGCUCUACGACCACCAGCAGGUCGUCGCGCAGCCGCUCAUGCCGACGUCUGAGAAGCCUCAGCCGUGCUCCGUCUGGGGCCCUACAUGCGACGGGCUAGACUGCGUGCUGCCGACCGCGUCGCUUCCACCGCUGCGUGCCGGCAACUGGCUGGCCUUCCGAGACAUGGGCGCCUACACCCUGCCCGUGGCCUCGCCCUUCAACGGCUUCCCGCUGCCAAGAGUGAGGGCCGUCAUCGACCGCCAGCUGUGGCUAAGCCUCAAGAACAUGUGGCCUCUAACCGAGUCUCACUUCGUGGUCGGCUCCCGCAUGACGGGCCCGCAGUCGCCGCCGGCGUCGCCGCCGCUCACGCCGCCGCCGCAGACCGAACACGCCGGAGUUUUCGUCGAGUGCGCGCUCAAGUGACCCGCCCGCCGGAAUUACAACGACGCGGUUUUUAUUGCCAGGCUGACGGCGCGCGGUUGAAAUUGGAGACUGUUUUGUUUAUUGUAUGAAAUGUUAUUAUUGAUAUGGAAUUCGUUUAGGCAUUGCAAGACCAAAAUCUUAUUACGUUUAACCGUUGGAC